AUGCCUCUUGUGAGGAUAGACCUAAUAAGAGGGGUAAGGUCUCCCGAUGAGAUAAGAAAGCUGGCCAAUGUGAUUCAAGAAGUUAUGCGGAAGCACUUCAAUGCACCGGAACGGGAUCGCUACCAAAUUAUCACCCAACACGAGCCCUAUGAGUUGAUCUGCGAGGACACGAACCUGGGAAUGGAGAGGAGCAACAACUUGGUCAUCGUCCAGAUCCUGCAGCAAGGACGUAGUACUGAACAGAAGCUAGCUGUCUAUCAAGCACUUCAUGAGCGACUAUUUGAGUUGUGUGGACUCCCUGGGGAGGAUCUUAUCAUAAGCUGUGCCGAAAAUACAAGGGCGGAUUGGAGCUUUGGGAUGGGAGAAGCACAAUUUGUAGCCGGUAUAUUAUAG